AUGGCGUUGCAAGAAUACAAGCAUUAUUUUCCAAUAGAUAGCAUACAAAAAGUAUGCGAUCUGUUUGAAGAACAACUACGCAGUGAGAAAGAGGCAGAUUUGGCUUUGUUUUCUAUCAUUGUUGGGGCGGUUGAAAAUAAUUUAACCAAUGUAAAAAACAGCGACAAGGAAAUGAAUUUGGCGGCGAACAAAGUCGGAAAAAUGAAAUUUCCGUCUGUUGAAUAUGAAGAAGUAAAAUCACUACACGAACGUUUUGUGACACUAAUGCGGGGAGGCGUCGAUGUGAAACUACUAAAUGGAGCCUAUACGACAGAGACUUGGUCAAACGAUUUUUUAACAGGAAAUAAACUAGACUGCUUUGGGGUAGCAUUUGCAGUAACUGCAGGAUGUCAAGUUCUUGGUAAACAAGAUGUGCACUUAGCCUUAUCUGAGGAUCAUGCUUGGGUUGUAUUUGGGAAAGAUUGCACAGAAACGGCUGAGGUAACUUGGCAUGGCAAAGGCAAUGAAGAUAAACGUGGAAGAUCAGUGGGAGAUGGUGUAUCUGCUCGAUCAUGGUUGUAUGUGGCUGGUAAACCAGUGAUAUGUACCAGAGUAAUGGAACUUGCUGCUCUUGUCUCUUCAAUCAACCCUACAUUAACCCAAACUACUGAUGUCCAUGAAAUUGCUCAGAUGCAGCACAGGCUUCUGUGGUUGUUAUAUGACAAUGGUCACUUAGAUGCUUACCCUAUGGCUUUGGGCAAUCUUGGAGAUUUAGAUGAAUACAUGAGAAUAGCCAACUGUUCUGCAGAGUCUGAGGAGUUACCUUUACUUAAUAAACUGGAAAAUUUGCGUCCAGAUGGUACACCUAGACCAGACCCAGCUGCACUUUAUGCCCAAGCUAUUCGAUCAUCAAGAACGAACUAUGACGAUCGCCAUGUAUAUCCAUACACUUUCCAAGGAGGCCAUUACCAUCGCAAUAAAAUGUACAAAGAAGCUUUUCACGCUUGGGCCUGUGCUGGUGAUGUUAUUCGACACUACAAUUACUCUCGUGAUGAUGAAGAGAUAUACAAGGAGUUUUCUGAAAUAGCGAAUGAAUUAAUACCUCAGCUAAUGAAAGCUGAGAGUUCUGGACAUUCUGCCAGGUCCAUCCUAAAGGACCCAGAGUGCUUUGCUUCUUUACUCAGAUUUUAUGAUGGCAUAUGUAAGUGGGAGGAAGGUAGCCAAACACCAAUUCUUCAUAUUGGUUGGGCAAAACCUUUGGUGAGCACAAUAUCAAAAUUUGAUGCAGAAGUAAGAGCCCAAGUUCACAUUAUAUGCAAAACUGAUGCUGAUGAACAUACAGAAUCAACAAAAGGUACAGAAAAUGUUGAUAAAGGUGAUAAUGAUAAAUGGAAUAACAAUGCGGAUAAUACGGAGAUGUCUGUGCGUGAACAGCUAACGGCUGCUGUAAACAGUCGGCCGCGAGUUACACUCUACAGCCAUAAGAUGGCUGCGCUGAGACCUUUACUUUUAGCUGAACGUCUAAAUACUCAUGCACUGCAGUUACAGUUAACAGCACAAAGUCAACUACAACGGCCACAUGCGCCGACUAAGAAAAGAGAUGUGGAUGACGCUAACGCCUCUUUACCCACGGCACGCGCCAAACGAGCUCGGCGUGAACGUUGAAGUCAUUGGUAAUAUUUUGGAUUAGGAACCAAAUACGCUUCUCUUUUAGACUGGUACCGAUGUACCUAAAUGAGUGAUGUUUACAAAGUAUUUUAUGUAGUUUAUGUGUUUCUAUUACAUUGUUAAUGUUGGUAUAUUAAUUAUUAUUAUGGGUGAUAUCAUGUAUUUUUAGAUUCAAGUUUAAAAGUGAGCGGAUCGCCCAAUAAAUAUGAAUGCAUUUAUUAAAAAUAAUAUAACAUUCGAUUCGAUUAAAAACUCAUCUGCUAAUUCAUGAAUGGUAUAUGGCAAUUAGAUAUUUUCUAUAAUGCCAUAUCUUGUCAAUCAAUGACGUAGGGUGCUGUUAUAGGAAGUAUAACAAAUAUAGCAUAAGCAAUAAAGC